AUGCUCACCAGGCAGGGCAGGUCGUGUAGGUGCAGCGGCGGGUUGACCGGUGCAGUGGCGGGCCGGCAGGUGCAGCGGCGGGCCGGCAGGUGUAGUGGCGGGCCGGCAGGUGCAGCGGCGGGCCGGCAGGUGCAGGCGGCGGGCCGUAGGGUGCAGUGGCGGGCCGUAGGGUGCAGUGGCGGGCCGGCAGGUGCAGCAGCGAGGCCGGCAGGUGCAGCGGCGAGGUCGUCAGAGGCUGCAGGCCGCUGGGUGCAGCGGCGGGCCGGCAGGUGCAGUGGCGGGCCGGCAGGAGAGGCGGCGGAGCCGCGUCAGGGGAGGCGGCAGGGCCGCGUCAGGGGAGGCGGCGGAGCCGCGUCAGGGGAGGCGGCGGUGCCGCGUCAGGGGAGGCGGGGGAGCCGCGUCAGGGGAGGCGGCAGGGCCGCGUCAGGGGAGGCGGUGGGGCCGCGUCAGACAGGCGGCGGGGCCGCGUCAGGAGAGGCGGCGGAGCCGCGUCAGGGGAGGUGGCGGGGCCGCGUCAGGGGAGGCGGCGGAGCCGCGUCAGGGUAG